AUGUUUGGUUACGACUACUUCAGUGCCCUUUGGCUCAAUGACACCAACCUAUUGUCUCAAAUCCGUUCCCUUCAAGUGGCCUCUCAUUUGGUGAAAACUGAUGUGAAAGUUAGUGAAAUGACUGUUUGGUCGGCAAUCAUAUCAAUGCAUUCGCCAUUAAGUAUUUGUCGCGAAUCAGCACUUGUUGUGGCAAAACAUUUGACCAAUACUUCUAAGAAUCUUCUUCUGAAAGAGUGUCUAAACAGAGAAGAGUUGAUUAUAAGUGACGCCAAUUCUGUCAGUUGUGUUAUCUCCGAAUACUUUUCAUCGAAUCCCAAAAAUAAGUCCCAAAAGCAAGCGAUUGAAUCAUUGAAAUCUGAAUGCAUUGCCAUAAUUAGUGAUGACAACACUCCCGAACACUUCAAGUCUGGUCUCGUUUUGCUUCUUAAUCGAUGCGACACUCACAAUAACAAGACGGCGAAGAAAAAGUUGAAGAAACUGUUAAAAAGCGGAGAUUUGAUAUCAGAUUUAUUACAAUCUCUGGUACCACUCGAAGAAUCGAUGGAUUCUGGAGAACCCAAAGCCAAACGAUUGUUUGCAAACGACUCGCUGUUUUCACUAGAGUUGAAUCAUUGGAAGAAAUUCAUUAUUUUACUCGAAAUGUUUCAGUCGAAAAGCAAUUUGUCUGAAACUUUUAUUAUGGAGUCGAAGAGCUCUUUGGAAUAUUUACGACAAUUGAUAUUAUCUUCACUAAUCAAUUGUAUUCAACAAAAUACCGAUAAAUUGCCGUUUAUUCCCAUCGAAUCUGUCAUCGAAUGUCUUCGAGAGUCACAGCAAAAGGAGACACAAAAGAUAACAUUGAUUUUGAUUAGUAGUGUCGCCCAUCAAUUCAAGAAAGAGAUCCUCGAUUAUGUGAUCACUAUUUUCACGUUUAUUGGCACUAAUCUACUCCACUGUGACGACCAAUACUCCAUUCAAGUGGUUUCAGACACUAUGGACGCCAUAAUCCCUAUAUUAUUAGAUGAUACCAAAGACACCAAACAUGUAGUAAUCAAUGUUUUCAUCGAUUCAUUGGCUGAUAUACCGGCGCAUCGAAGGCUUCAUUUGUUUGGAAAACUACUCCAUAUAUUAGGAGAGAGAGAACACUUGGCUCUCAUUUACAUGAAAGUUAUCGAAAGGAUUUAUAACAAAUCCAAAUCAGAAAAGGAGCCGUUCCUCAAUCUGUUGGUCGCACUCACCGCUCAAAUAGACGUUAACAUCCAAAUCGAUUCACUCAACCAUAUAAUGGAUGUCUUUAUCAAUGAGUUUACAGACGGAACACGAGUUUUGUCGAUAACAGAUCAGAAUUUGUCGGAUAAUGAUAGACGACUUAUAGCUCAGAGUUUGGCAGAAAUUAUUUUGGCUAUUGUUUCCUCCCAUGAGUUCAUACAAUUGACGACAAACAGCGAAUGGACGCAAAUCAGUGACCAAUUGUUAACAUUUUUGCACAGUUUGAUUGUAUUGAUCACUAAAUAUUCAAAUGAAAGCCAAUUUCCGGCCAAAGAGUUGAACGCUCACCGAAGACGUGUCCGAAGUGUCUUAUAUAAAAUCCUUCUUCACUUUAAUUCGCUUUUACCGAAGCAACAACUCAUUGAACUUGGUUUGGAGCUGUUGAAUGAGAAAUUAGCUCAACUUUCUGACCGAUCAUUGAAUUCGAAACAAUUAUUUGCAUUAUUGGAUUCUUUGAUAUCAAUGGUUCCGACACCGGAUUCAGUGAAUCAAAUGGAUGAGCAACACGUCUAUAACACACAGCUAUCGAUGAUUACAUGUAAACUAUUGUCUAAACAUUUUGAAGAAAAUACAAAAUUGGAAGAACUGGUCAAGAAUUUGAUUGAAAAGAUUAUUGCACUCAUCAAUGGAAUGGAAAGUGAAGUAUCUGUUAAUUUCAAAGCCUCGUGUAUUCUUUGCUUAACUCAGCUAAUGAUAAGUUUGGCGAACAAAGCGAUUCCUAUUAUUCCAGCAGUUAUGCCCAUAUUGUUAAAUAAUUUCGAUGUCCGAAUUCUGUUGAGUUCAGUGGACUCGUGCUUUAAUGAAGUCUCGAAGAUAUCAAUCGAAUCGUUGUGCGAAUUAAUGGCUCUAUUAAAGCAAACAUUUGAAGACAUUAGCUCUAAGGGCGACGUUCAGAACAUCCAAAAGUUUGUCAAAAACCUAUUGCUCAAGACAUUGGACGUCAGGAAUAUGAACCGAAACAGCGCUGAGUCCACACAAAUUGAUAGUUUAGAGAACUCAUGCAAUGAGACAUUCUGUGCACUCAUUCCUAAAAUGACUGAAAUUACAUUUCGACCGCUUUUUUAUAAGUUAUACGAUUGGGCCAUAAGAGAGAAGAAUGGAAAACUAUUUUAUAGAAUGAUAUCGUUUUAUAAAUUCUUGCAAUCUUUAGCCGAUAAACUCAAGAGUUUAUUUUGUGUAUUCAUUGCGCCAUCGAUUAUCAAUAAUUGUUCCCAAAUGUUGUCUUUAUUCCAUUCGGACAAUCAAUCCGAUCUCACAUUAGAUCCAAAGGCUACUCACUUAUUGAUUACAUAUAUUCUGUCGACACUUUGCAAGUGUUUUCUAUACGACAUCAACGGCUCUCUUCUCAAUAAGGAACGGAUGCAGACUUUGGCCAAACCCAUCAUCAAUCAGUUGACAAACACUAUCGGCACUGACGAAGAAUAUAACGCAAGAGUUGAGACUUUGUGUUUGUGUACACAAUAUAUGAUUGAAUCGAAUAGAGACGACACUAUCAUUAAAGACUUUAAUUAUCAGAUUCUCCUUAAAACUAGAGAGACUUCCAAUGAAAUCCGUUUGGGUGCCCUUCGAGUCCUGCACCGACUUAUUCUGGUUUGUGGUGAAGACUAUUUGCCUAUAAUUCCCGAAACCAUUCCAUUCAUCUCUGAAUUGAGUGAAGACGACUUCAUCCCUAUUGAGAACCUCAUUAAGACAGUUGUCAUGGAUUUGGAGCAUAUUUUGGGCGAACCCAUCACUAAAUAUUUAUAA